AUGAGGUUCCGAACACAGGUAGCCGACGUCUCGAUCUUUACGCGUGUCAUCCAGUCAAUCGGGAAAGUGGCCAACAAGUGCAUCCUCAAGCUGACUCCUGACAAGAUCCACAUCAUCUGCCUUGGCGACACGGACGGAACACAGAUCUGGUCGCAGAUGCAGGUCGACUCGAUCUUCCAAGACUACCGUAUCGAGUCCAACUUCCAAAACCACAUCAACCUCGAAGUGGCGCCCGAUACGCUGCUCAAGGCGCUUCGCUCCGCCAACAACGCCUACAGCGUCAUCCUUCGCCUCGCCAAACGCAACAAGGAUCCGCUGCUCAGCUUCUCUAUCUCGGCACAGAGCCACACGGGCGCCAAGCUAGAAGUGGUGCAGGAUGUGCUCAUCAAGGUGCUCAAACCAGCAGAGAUGAGCCGCAUCGUCGAACCGCUCUGUCCGGAGCCAGACGUUCACAUCAUCCUGCCCAAGCUGCUCCACCUGCGCACGGUGGCAGAUCACAUGCGCUCGCUCUCGGACGUCGUCACGCUGUCCGCCAACCGCCAGGGCGAGCUGCGUCUGGCGGUGGCCGAGGACGAGGUGAGCUUGGACACCACCUGGUCGGGACUCGCGCAUCCCACGAUCGACGCAUCGCAGUCGAGCACAGCACAGAACCAGCAGAACGAUCCGUCGGAGCACAAGAGCGUCAACCUUGAGAUGAAGUCGUUGCUUAAAUUCUUGUCGAGCUACAUUGUGGCGACAACCACCAUCGCAUGCAUCUGCGCCAACCACUGCGCCAUCUUUUACGUCUACAUCGGUGAUGUCGACAAGAGCAGCGGUGUCAUGACCUUCUUCCUCCCCGGUGUUGUUCGCGAGGAUUAA